UCUAACAACAAGCCAGUUGUCGGUUGCACAGCGCUGUUUACGAACGCAUUAUUGGUUCCAGCGCUUUGAAUUUCAAAUACGCGAACGAACGUUCGAUAUUCGAAAUACAAAUUUUGUUUUAAAUUCAUUUUAAUUUUCGAACAGAGAAGUUUUAUAUUUGUUUUUAAUUGUGCCUGUGUUUGUGAAGUGAAAUAAACAUUAUCAAUCGGUUUUACUUUUAAAAAUUGGAUUUUAAAAUAAUGCCCAAUAUUGUACACGCAGCGAUUUUAUUUAUACGACUGAAAAGUCGAUAAAGUCGAACUUUUUUGACGGUUUCUGAACCUCGCUCCCCUACGCCUGUAGAGAUGCAGGCGCGACACAGCAUCUGGUGGCAUCUAUUGCUUGAUCUGCCUAUACUACUACUAGUUGGUGCAGUAUGCAUCUUGCUAGAAGUGGGCGCCCUGCCAAGCCGCCGCAGUGGGUUCAUGUGCCACGACCCUGCGCUCUCCUUCGCUUACACCGGCGACAGCUUCUCCAUCUCACUGGUCGUCGCCAUUACUCUUAUUGUCCCAUUUAUUAUUAUGUGGGCAGUAGAGAUAAUCCAUCACAGACACGACGAAUACAACAUGAAGACCAACAAGCUCGUGGCCAGCGCCAGAACUGCCGGCCUCUUAUAUAGAGAUUACAUAUAUGGUGCAGUGGUGGUGUUCGCCAUCCUUGAAGUGGUCAAAUGCGUUAUCGGCUCUCCAAGACCGACGUUCUUCGAUUUAUGCGAGCCUGAUGCUGAGAAGACUUGCAACCAUUCGGAAUAUGUAACCAGCUACAAAUGCACCUCUACAAAAUACUCGAGAUACUUGCAAAUCGACUCCGCGAGAAGUUUCCCAUCGGCUCAUGCUGCUAUGGCCAUAUACUGCGGAGUAUUUGUCGCUUGGUACCUUCAGAGGCGAGCUUUCAGCUGGCACAACCGUUCCGUGCUCAUCGUGCCGCUGAUCCAGACAAUCUGCCUGGUAUACGCCGCUGUCUGCACCCUGAGUAGGCUCACAGAUCACCGCCACCACUGGUGGGAUGUACUGGUCGGUGGCAUGAUGGGAGUUCUCACCGUUUUAUAUACGGUCCUGGUUCUGUGCAAGAACUUUUCGCAGCCAGCUGUGGUCAGCACUAGCGAUAUAUCGAGCAGCGACGGUACCAACCACCCAUCUGUACGGCGACUUCUGCCCAACGAAUCGCGGGCAGUCAUGCCUUAGCCUCAGGCAGUGUAAGCUUCGCGCUUACAUCGAAAAUGUAAAGCGAUACCUCUAUGGUACCGUUCGAAUUUCGAAUUUAUUCAAAUUCGGAAUGUUUGUGUAAACUGCAAAAAAUGGCGGAUUAUGAGUACAAAUCAGUGAAAUGAACGUUUUUAUCAUAUUGUAGAAAUUUAUUGAGAUUGAAAUAUUUCCCUAUUUUGCCAUUCAUAAUUAUUUAAGAUUAAUAUUAAUAGCUGAGAAAAGUUAAUAUACUUAACAAUAUAAAUAUGUAGGAAUAUCGAAAACGAAUUGAUUGGUGAGUUAGUGGCAGAAUGGUUGAGUUAUAGACCUUUUUAAUAUUUAAAAAAGUCGUGUAAUUGAUUGUGUGUAUUUUAUAAUACUUUGUAGUGUAAAUAGUCAUAGAUAGAUAGAUAGAUAAUUUAGAUACGGACGGUAUUAUUGUGUCGUAAAUUAGACAAGAAGGCAGUUUCUUUUAUCGCUAUUGCAAAUUGUUAAUUUAGAAUAUAGAUAAUAGAACUCAACAUUAUCAUGCUUUAAAUUGAAAACCUCAUUUUAUACUAAUUUAUUUAUAUAUAUUUAUCAAUAAUAUAAUUUUUAAUACAUAUUAUUAUAUUUAUUACUUUAAUUAUUUGUUACAUUUUAUAAUGUUACUAGAUUAGGCAGACAUUGCCAGUUGUGGUUUUUUUAAGUGAUAGAAUGUUAGUCCGCGUCCGCUAAGGGUACGCACAGAGGUAUAUCCGUGAUAGAGGAUAAAAUGAGGUCAUCCUCAACUUAUCAUCUAUCACGGAUGGUCAGGAUUGUUAGCCCAUUAGCACAAUGGUUUCCAAACCUACAUAUUACUAGCAAUGGUCACUAAAAAUAUCUAUUUGCUUCUAAAAGAGAUUAGACUUUAUCGAAAUUCUUUAAUUCUUCACUGAUGUCUGUACUAGCUUUUACCAUUAGCGCAGGCUGGUAUACUAUACCAUCAUCAACAAUAAUAGAAAUAAUAAUUAGAAUAAGCAGUUACAUCAGUACAUACUUGCUUGCAAAUGAUUAUGAAGUUCUUAAAGAAUAGAAUAGAAAUCAUCUUUAUUCAAAUAACUUAAUAUAACUUUUGAAUAGUCAACUUUUUUAUUCUACCACUCAUUCGGAACGCAAACUCAUCACAGGAAGAAAGCGCAAGAAAAUUGCGUGUUGCAAUUUUAAAUAAAUGUUGAUCUAAGUAAAUAUACAUUAACACGGAUUAGGCAUGCGACAAUCAACAUAGUAACCGCUACGCAUUCAAUCUUUGUUCAAUCAGAUAAUAUUGUCAGCGCUAUGGAUUUUAAGUUCUACAAAAAACAUAAAGUGUGAAUAGUAAUAGUAAUAGUAGUUAUAAGUACUACACUCUACAUUGCACAGCUGUAUGUAACCUCUAAAACAGAAAAUAUAAUAUGUAAGUAAAUAAUUUCUUUGUAAAAAUAAAUGAGACAUAGCUAUGCCACGCAUACAGCUUUGUACAAAAUUUCCCGCUAUUAUUAUUAUUUAUUCAGUUAAAUUAAAAUUAUUAGCAUCUGUUGUAAUUCGUUAUAUUUUAUCUGUGUCUUUCUUUUAUUUUUUAAAUCAAAUUUAAGACAGAUACGUAACAUUCCGAUAUUAUUUUAAAAAUAAAUUAACUAGAACUGCCAGUUUGUAAAAGUCAGACCAUAGACUAUUUAAAAAAUAUAUUUCGAAAUUUGAUAAUUGUUAUCAAGAAAUCAUUUUCGUUUCGAGUUCUACUUGUAGUAGACGAUUUAGUAGUCUAUGGUUAUUGUAUUUUAUGUUUAUUUACAUAUUAAUAAUAAGAAAAUGACCAGUGAUUUUUUCUUUACGAUUUUGAAAGUAAAUUAAAUUCAUCUAAACCAUGUUUUGAUAAAUUAUGCUUCAGGAAACAAGUAUAGUUGUAAAUUAAAAAUAGUAUAUAGUAUAGAUUAUUG